AUGAGAACCAAACUCCCGAAACUCCCAGCGGCAGUAGACUGGCGCUAUAAAGGAUACGUCACACCCAUCAAAGAUCAAGGCGAGUGCGGAUCCUGCUGGGCUUUCUCGGCUGUGGGGUCAUUGGAAGGUGAACAUUUCAAGGCCACUGGUCAACUGGUCAGCCUGUCUGAAUCACAGCUACUUGAUUGUUCAAUGAUGUGGGGUAGCGAUGGCUGCGAUGGCGGUAAGAUGACCCAAGCAUUUAAUUUUAUUAAAGAUGACGGAGGAAUCGACUCGGCCGAAAACUACCCAUAUACGCCGGAAGAAAACUUCUGUCAGAAUGUAAGAAAACCAGUCGCCGCUACAGUCAAUGGUUACGUGUGUAUACCAAAAGGGGAUGAAGAUGCUCUAAAAGAAGCGGUCGCUACUAUUGGUCCAAUCAGUGUUGCCAUAGACGCCGAUGAUCCAACCUUUGCCCUGUACAAAGACGGUGUGUACUACACACCAAACUGCAGCUCCAGCACAUUGACCCACGCCGUGCUAGUGGUUGGGUAUGGGACAUUGAAAGGCCAGGAUUAUUGGCUUGUGAAAAAUAGUUACGGAACGACCUGGGGCAAGAAUGGAUUUAUGUUGCUUGCCAGGAACAGAGACAACCACUGCGGCGUUGCUUCCAAUGCCGUUUAUCCUCUGGUCGGGGCUUAUGGAGGUCAACACAACAACGCCGACUCGGUGAUUGUAUGGAAGAUAUGUUUCUGUCUCUCUUUGUUGUAUCUUGUUGUCUUCAGACUGUAGUGCUAAAUGCAUGUAGAAGAAAAACAUGCUGUUUAUAAGUAGAACGUGUCGGUGAAAAUGUUCUUACCAUGUAUAAAACAUAUUUUAUAAAUGAAUAUCAAAAUAAAGCAGAAACUAAUAAAAUAAUAAUGUGUAUUUUUCGCAUGGUAUUUAUUUCUGUAAGCUACACUUUUCACAAACGCUUAUUUGAUUAAAUCCCUCUUUUAUUUUUAUACUUUAAAUGUAAAUAAAAUGUUUUGCCAUUAAAUGUUUAUAAAUACAAAUAAAAUAA